AUGUCUUCUGCGCCCAAAUCUUCCCUCACUGUUGGUGUCCUCCUCCUCGGCAACGAAGACGUCCAGUACCUAGAGGUCGCACCCGUCGACCUCUUAGCCAUGAUGCAACCCCAGUACAUCCACGCCUUAGGAGCGUCGGCACUGGCAGAGAAGGGUGUCAAUAUGGACAUCCACUACAUCAGCGAGACAGGCGAAGGUCUCUUCCCACUCACUGCGAACGCGAAAGUGGCUGUUACGGACUCCAUCGAGACGAGCCCAGCCCUCGACGUCCUGAUGAUCCCCGGCCCACCGCCCAACUUCGUUGCCUCCGAAGCCGUCGGCGCUUUCAUCCGCGCCCAGGUCGAACAUGCCACUGCAGUCCUCAGCGUCUGCACUGGCAUCAUACCGCUCGCGCAGUCGGGCGUGCUGAAGGGCAAGACGGCCACUGGGCCGCCGCCGCUGAUCCUGACGGCGCUAAGACACGGCUUCCCCGACACGAAGUGGGAGGACGAGCGGCGCUGGACACGUGACGGCAAUGUCUGGACGAGCGCAGGCAUUACGAAUGGGCUGGAUAUGAUGGCGGGGUUCAUGAGGACGUAUUAUGGGGAUAGGCCGCAGCUUGUGGAGCUUGUGCUGGGGGCUGCGAAUGUGUGGGAUAGGCCCGUUGAGUAUCGGGAGGAGGAGAAGAGGUUUGGUAUGGGCCUUGGGCAAUAG